CUGGCUGGGAGAGACAUGGCCUGGUGGCCGAUCGGAGCCUCUCUGUUUGCCAGUAGUGAGGGCUCUGGUCUGUUCAUCGGUCUGGCUGGAACUGGAGCUGCUGGAGGCAUCGCUGUAGCUGGCUUCGAAUGGAAUGCCACCUACGUGUUACUGGCAUUGGCUUGGGUGUUUGUACCUGUCUACGUGUCUUCAGGGAUCGUGACCAUGCCGGAGUACCUGGGCCGACGGUUCGGAGGGAAUCGGAUCAGAACCUACCUGUCUGUGCUCUCUCUGAUGCUGUCUGUCUUCACCAAGAUAUCAACAGACCUGUAUUCAGGGGCGCUGUUUGUCCAGGUGUGUUUAGGAUGGAACCUGUACCUGUCUACCGUCCUCAUGCUGGUGGUCACUGCCCUCUACACUAUAGCAGGUGGUCUGGCUGCUGUCAUCUAUACAGACACUCUGCAGACCUUCGUCAUGAUUAUAGGAGCUAUCAUCCUCACCAUCACAGCGUUCAACAAGAUUGGAGGCUACAGUAACUUGGAGAGAGUUUACCAGGCAGCCAUCCCUUCUAAGAUCAUCCCCAACAGUAGCUGUCACCUGCCCAGAGAGGAUGCCAUGCACCUGUUUAGACACCCGGUUACUGGAGACCUGCCCUGGCCUGGCAUGACCCUGGGACUGACUAUACUGGCAACCUGGUACUGGUGUACUGACCAGGUGAUCGUGCAGAGGUCCCUGUCAGCUAAGAACCUGUCUCAUGCCAAAGGAGCUUCUAUCCUGGCGUCCUACCUCAAGAUGUUACCGUUUAUAUUCAUCAUACUUCCAGGCAUGAUCAGCAGAGCUCUGUACCCAGACUCGGUGGGGUGUGUGGACCCAGAGGAGUGUGUGAGGGUGUGUGGAGCAGAGGUGGGCUGCUCCAACAUCGCCUUCCCCAAACUGGUCAUCGAACUCAUGCCCAGCGGUCUGCGGGGGCUGAUGAUAGCAGUGAUGAUGGCGGCUCUGAUGUCAUCGUUGACCUCUAUCUUUAACUCCUCCUCCACGCUCUUCACCAUGGACAUCUGGAAGAAGUACCGCGCGGACGCCUCGGAACGGGAGCUGCUAUUGGUCGGCAGGAUAGUAACAGUGAUUCUGGUGGUGAUAAGCGUGGUGUGGAUUCCAAUCCUGCAGUCGGCCAAUAGCGGACAGCUCUACGUUUACAUCCAAUCAGUGACCAGUUACCUGGCUCCACCCGUUACCGCUGUCUUCUCAUUGGCUAUCUUCUGGACCAGAACAAACGAGCAGGGAGCGUUCUGGGGACUGAUGGUGGGGCUGGUGGUCGGUGUGUGUCGGAUGGUUCUAGAAUUCGCGUUCCCGCCUCCUCGUUGUGGUAUCCAAGACGACGCCCCGUCCGUCCUGCGCUCCGUUCACUACCUUCACUUCGCCAUCAUCCUCUGCUUCCUGUCUGCUGCCGUCGUCGUGGUGAUAUCGCUGCUGACUCCGCCCCCCACUGAGGAGCAGGUGUGUAACCUGACGUGGUGGACGUUGACUGAAGAGGAAGAGAGAGAAAUACCUCUCCAGAAGAGACAGACAGACAGACAGACAGAGAGACAUGUGUUCUGGUCUCGCUUCUGCUGCGUCAAUGCCAUUCUGCUGAUCUGUGUUAAUAUAUUCCUCUACGCUUACUUCGCCUGACCUCUGACCUCUAACUGCUGUCCCAGUAGACUACUUCCUGUGUUUCUACUUCCUGUGUUUCUACUUCCUGUGGGUGUUUCCAUCUCUACGUAAAUCAAUGUUCUGAUGGUUCUAGAAGAUGUAUCGUUCUAGAAUGUUACGGACCUCUAACUGCUGUCCCAGUAGGCUACUUCCUGUGUUUCUACUUCCUGUGUUUCUACUUCCUGUGGGUGUUUCCAUCUCUACGUAAAUCAAUGUUCUGAUGGUUCUAGAAGAUGUAUCGUUCUAGAAUGUUACGGACCUGUGAUGUCAUAGUGGGUAAGGUCAUAUUUAGUGUGUUAUGUACGGACCUGUGAUUGGUCAAUAUUGUGUCCUUGUGUAAAUGAGAUUCAUGAAUAAACACGUCUUGUAAUCACAGAGGAGAAACUUUAUUGUCAUCAAGGUUUGUGUCAGGGGUUAGAGGUCAGGGGCUAGAGGUCAGGGGCUAGGGGGAGAUACAUUUCCUAUAGGUUCACCACACACACAGUAGAGUAGCUACAUGGAAUACACCUGACCGUGACCCCUGACCCCAUACAGAUAU